GCGGGGAGCGGCGGCCCGGCGCCGUCAGAGAGCCGCUGCUCGGCGCGGGGCGACGGCGGCUCCGGUGGGGCCGUGCGGGGCCAUGGAGCCGCAGGCACGGGGUCUGUUGGAAACCCAGGCUUUGAAUGAGGCAGAUGAAGACAUGGUCACUGAUGUUGAUUUCACCAAUAUGAUCUCUGAAGAAGAAAAAGAAGAGUUAAAAAUUGAGCUGGCCAAGCUAGAGGAUGAAAUUUCAACUUUGCGGCAAGUAUUAGCAGCCAAAGAAAAGCACCUGGUUGAAAUUAAACAAAAGCUUGGCAUAAGCCUGAUGAAUGAACUGAAGCAGAACUUUAGCAAAAGCUGGCAUGACAUGCAGACAACUUCUGCUUACAAGAAAACACACGAGACCCUGAGCCACGCAGGACAUAAAGCAACAGCAGCUAUCAGCAAUGUAGGAACUGCUAUCAGCAAGAAGUUCGGAGAUAUGAGAUCACAUUCAAUUAGUUACUCUAUUCGCCAUUCCAUAAGCAUGCCUGCAAUGAGGAAUUCUCCAACUUUCAAGUCAUUCGAAGAGAAGGUUGAGACCACUGUCACAAGCCUUAAGACCAAGGUUGGUGGGACAAGUCACACUGGGGGCAGUUUUGAAGAAGUUCUCAGCUCUACAGCCCACGCCAGCGCCCAGAGCUCUCUCGCUGGCACCCGGCUUCCCGAGAGCGAAGAAGAGCUCCAGUGCUAGGUCGGCGGCCUUGCUCAGAGACUUGUCCAGACCAUGGUUUCUAGGCCUCUCUCACUGCCCAAUUUGUGCAACAAGGUUAUGUCAGUUUUGGAAAAUUGCGUCCCUAGACUAGUGCCGGAGAAGCAUUUAUUCUCUCUAUUUGUAUUUUGGAUAUGCCAUUUUAUCAUCGAGUAUUUUGUACGCCAUAGGAACCACACACAAGUAAUUGACUCAUAACACUCUAAAAUCUAUAACGUGACCAAAAUAAUUUUCAUUUUAAUGUAACUGCCUUCCAAAAAUUGCUCAGUCUCUCUUACUUAGUUAAAUAUACUGUUUUCUAUCUGCUGGUUUCUACCCCUCCUCUCAGUGCCACAUCAGACAGAUGGACCUAGAGCUGUGCAAAGAUUGCUGCCAGCAGUAGGCCGUAGACCAGCUGUCUACCUGCCAUACCAGGUGCCCUUUGAUCAGGAGUGUCUGUACAUGAUCUAUUUCCUAAUGGAAUUAAAAUCACUUAUUGUCGCCCCAGAAAAGUUUUUUGUCCUUCACUGAUAACAGUCUGGCAUUGCCCUUCUCCAUCCGUUCGUCAGCAGAGCUAAGGACAGGAAGGCACACCCGGUUAUUCAUACAGAAAUUAAGCUGAUCACAGCUGCUGAUGUAAGCUGAACGUUGAAGCUGGAAAAGCUUCCGUUUAAAAGUACGUUCUGUUGCUUGCUCUCUGUGGUUUGAUAAGACUCAACGGUAUAAGCUAAUUACAAAGAGAAGUAGAGCAGGGGGGGAACCUCUAAUUUUUCCUCCCUAUCUUCCCCUUAAAAAGAAGGGAAGGUAAAUUAAUUAUGACUGAACAGCAUGAGCCUCAGUCAAGAUACAGCCUUAAGUGAAAUACAAACCCAACAAUUGAGUAAAGAUGUGCCAUAGGUUAGAGAGUCCAUGCCUUCAGUCCACAUUGUAGAGCUGCUAGCUUGACUCCAGUAUCCUACAAUACACACGAGGAGUAAGUGCUUAAGUUUUUGCACCAAAUUUUGUCCUGCUUCAUUCUUGGGCAUAAUUCUACCGACUGCAUUAUAUCUACUUAAUCACCGAGAGCCAGUCAUCUCUCAGCUUUGAUUCAGCAUGUUUUCUUGCAUCCUUUUAGCACUUCUUUUUAAGAAAAGAGCAGCACACUUGUGACAGUGUCUUGCUGUCUUAAUGAGCACUUGUCAGUCUGCAUGUUGUAUUACUCAGUUCACCAGACUGAGAUGAGCACAACUUUAUCAAAAGCAUAAACAAAAUGGAAAACAGUCUGGCUACUUUGAAAAUGGAUGCUUGUUUUGAGCAUAAGCCAGCUUCAAAUCAGUGUUAGUGAGUUUGACAUUACAGACUGCUUAAAAUCUUGUGAGGAAACGUGGCUUUAAGUGAUUUUUUUUUUCCUGUGUGGCUUUUGUUACAGUUUUCACAAAGUUAGAAGUCCUUUAACUUAUGUCUACUAGAACAUUAAGAACUUUGGACAUCUAUCUCAAAUGCCUCUUUAGCGUGGUUUUUAGCAUGGAAGCAAAUUUAAUUAGGUCUUUAGUACAGUUUUCUUGUGUGUUUGCUAGCUUAUUUUGCAGUGGUUUUGUGCAUAAACGACUUUAUUUAAAUAAAUAAAAAUAUUAAUGGUCACUUAGUUUGUGUAAAUGAAGUUAUUGAUAUUCUUAGCAAAAAUAAAUUUCUCUUACUCUUUUA